CUUUGUCCUGCUAGGACCUCCCUCCUUCCCUGUCUCCCUCCCUCUGUCAGUCAGUGGGUCCCGCUGACCCAGGCGCCCGCGCCCUAAGGGACUCGCUGUCGCCCCCACCCCAGGGUGCGUCCCUGGUCACUCCCACCACCCUAGCGUCGCCGCCGAGUGGAGCCUAGCCGAGCCGAGGGGGGCUGCGAGCAGGAGGGAGCCGCAGACCCCCGGCCGCAGGAUGGUGGCGGGGCUCUCCCCGGCCCGCUGUCCCGGGCGCUGGCUGAUCCCCGGGCUGUGGCUGCUUGCUCUCAGCGGUCCCGGGGGGCUGCUGAGCGCCCAGGAGCAGCCCUCCUGCCACGGAGCCUUUGAUCUCUACUUCGUCUUGGACAAGUCUGGGAGUGUGGCAAAUAACUGGAUUGAGAUUUACAAUUUUGUUCAGCAACUUACAGAGAGAUUUGUAAGCCCUCAAAUGAGAUUAUCUUUCAUUGUGUUUUCUUCUCAAGCCACCAUUAUUUUGCCAUUAACCGGAGACAGAGGCAAAAUCAGUGAAGGCUUGGACAAUUUGAAACGUGUGAGUCCCGUAGGAGAGACAUACAUCCAUGAAGGACUGAAGCUAGCAAAUGAACAAAUUGAGAAAGCAAGAGGCUUAAAAACCUCCAGUAUCAUAAUUGCUCUGACAGAUGGUAAGUUGGACGGUCUGGUGCCAUCAUACGCAGAGAAAGAGGCAAAGAUAUCCAGGUCACUUGGGGCUAGAGUUUAUUGUGUUGGUGUCCUUGACUUUGAACAAGCUCAACUCGAAAGAAUUGCUGAUUCCAAGGAACAAGUUUUCCCUGUCAAAGGUGGAUUUCAAGCUCUUAGAGGAAUAAUUAAUUCUAUACUAGCUCAGUCAUGCACUGAAAUCCUGGAAUUGCGGCCCUCAAGUGUCUGUGUGGGGCAGGAAUUUCAAGUUGUUUUGAAUGGAAGAGGAUUCAACCUGGGGAGUCGGAAUGGCAGUGUUCUCUGUACUUACACUGUAAAUGAAACAUAUACCAUGAAUGUAAAGCCAGUAAGUGUGGAACAGAAUUCUAUGCUUUGUCCUGCUCCUACCCUGCAUGAAGUUGGAGAAACUCUUCAUGUUUCAGUGAGUUUUAAUGAAGGAAAGUCUGUCAUCUCGAGUUCACUAAUAGUCACAGCCACAGAAUGUUCUAGUGGGAUUGCAGCCCUCAUUGCUAUUUUGGUGUUACUGCUGCUCUUGGGUAUUGGACUGAUGUGGUGGUUUUGGCCCCUUUGCUGCAAAGUGGUUAUCAAGGAUCCUCCUCCACCACCACCUUCUGCACCAAAAGAGGAGGAAGAAGAACCUCUGCCUACCAAGAAAUGGCCAACUGUGGAUGCUUCCUAUUAUGGUGGUCGAGGUGUUGGAGGAAUUAAAAGAAUGGAGGUUCGUUGGGGUGAUAAAGGAUCUACAGAAGAAGGUGCAAGGCUAGAGAAAGCCAAAAAUGCUGUGGUAACCCUUCCUGAAGAACCAGAGGAACCUGUCAGACCGAGACCACCGCGAUCUAAACCCACACACCAGCCUCCUCAGACAAAGUGGUACACGCCAAUAAAGGGUCGGCUGGACGCACUCUGGGCUUUGUUGCGGAGGCAGUAUGACCGAGUUUCCUUGAUGCGACCUCAGGAAGGAGAUGAGGGCCGGUGCAUAAACUUCUCUCGAGUUCCAUCUCAGUAAAAGGAAAACAAGAAGGCCAAGAGGUACGAAGAUGGCACACGUUCACAGCGCCGCUUUCCAACCAAAUGAAAAAAAGUGCAUUUCAGAAGUUUUUGGAAGAGCAGCUUUAUUCCUCUCAGUCAGGAAAUGUUUUCUCUGCCUUCUGCUUUGCUUGCACCAAACAUUUUCAAAUACUUGUUCUGCCAUCUACAUGGGAGUUGAUGAAACUCAAUGGUAACUCAUGAUUCAGGACAUUGAAAAUAAAGAGGAACAUUAAUGGAGAUGCUGUGGUUUAUACAAGAAAGUCUGCUUGAAUGUGUAGAAGAGGAAAAAGUGAAAACAAAAGUGUGAAGAUGAUGUCAAAAUAGAGAGGAAAAAAACAAGUGGCCGUGGUGGAUCCUGAAUGGAGAAAGGAGUGUUUUACAUGGAAACAUGGCACUUGUGUGUUUACAUGGCAAGAUUGUUAGCCAAAGGCAGAGUGCGAAAUCUCCCACCAGGCUCAGCAAAUAAUGGAGCCUAUUGCCUUAUAGCUAUGUCAGGUCACGAAAGCCUUCCAAGUCCCCCCACCACAAUGUGCCUUCCGGGAAGCUUCUGACUGGAAAAUCUUGUCAUUCUAACACUGAAAAGUGCACACGCAUGACAAAGUGUAGACAGGAUGCCUCAAGGUAUUGGUAGCAAGCAAGAUUUUGCCCUUUAGUUUUUGAAGACACCUUCCUUUCAUUAUGCACUUGGGAAAAGAAGAAAAUUAAUAGUGCAUUAUUCCACAGGAAGACAGCCUCUAACCAGAGAUCUUGAGUGAAGUUUAAUGGACUCAUGAUAUGAGAACUUGUCCCU